CAAUGAUCACAGUCAACCCGGAUGGGAAGAUAAUGGUCAGAAGAUGCCUGGUCACCCUGAGACCCUUUCGGCUCUUUGUCCUGGGUAUCGGCUUCUUCUCACUGUGCUUCCUGAUGACGUCUUUGGGAGGCCAGCUCUCUGCCCGGCGCCCGGGGGACUCCCCCUUCACCAUCCGCACAGAAGUGUUGGGCGGGCCGGAGUCCCGCGGCGUCCUGCGCAAGAUGAGCGAUUUGUUGGAGCUGAUGGCGAAGCGAAUGGACGCGCUGGCCAGACUGGAGAACGGCAGUGAGCUGCACCGGGCUUCUGGCGACGGGCACUUUGCUGCGGACAGGUUUCCCCCGGGGGCCGGCCUCAUGGAGCGGAUCCAGGCCAUCGCCCAGAACGUCUCGGACAUCGCCGUGAAGGUGGACCAGAUCCUGCGUCACAGCCUGAUUCUCCACAGCAAGGUGUCCGAAGGCCGGCGGGACCAGUGUGAGGCACCCAGUGACCCCAAGUUCCCCGACUGCUCAGGGAAGGUGGAGUGGAUGCGCGCCCGCUGGACCUCUGACCCUUGCUACGCCUUCUUCGGGGUGGACGGCACCGAGUGUUCCUUCCUCAUCUACCUAAGUGAGGUCGAGUGGUUCUGCCCCCCGCUGCCUUGGAGGAAUCAGACAGCCACCCAGAUGGCCCCCAAGCCCCUCCCCAAAGUCCAGGCAGUUUUCCGGAGCAACCUGUCCCACCUCCUGGAGCUGAUGGGCAGUGGGAAGGAGUCUCUAAUCUUCAUGAAGAAACGGACCAAGCGGCUCACGGCCCAGUGGGCACUGGCCGCCCAGCGGCUGGCACAGAAGCUGGGAAGCGUCUGGAGGGACCAGAAGCAGAUCCUCGUUCACAUUGGCUUCCUGACGGAGGAGUCUGGUGACGUGUUCAGCCCAAGGGUGCUGAAGGGCGGGCCUCUGGGGGAGAUGGUGCAGUGGGCAGACAUCUUGGCCACUCUCUAUGUCCUGGGCCAUGGCCUGCGGAUCACAGUGUCCCUGAAGGAGCUGCAGAGUAACUUAGGGGUGCCGCCAGGCCGGGGGAACUGCCCGCUCACCAUGCCCCUGCCUUUUGACCUCAUCUACACCGACUACCAUGGCCUGCAGCAGAUGAAGCAGCAUAUGGGAUUAUCCUUCAAGAAGUACAGAUGCCGAAUCCGGGUCAUUGACACCUUCGGGACAGAACCCGCAUACAACCAUGAGGAAUACGCCACGUUGCACGGAUACCGGACCAACUGGGGCUACUGGAACCUCAACCCCAAGCAGUUCAUGACCAUGUUCCCUCACACCCCGGACAACUCCUUCAUGGGCUUCGUGUCCGAGGAGCUCAACGAGACGGAGAAGCAGCUCAUCAGAGGCGGCAAGGCCAGCAACAUGGCUGUGGUGUAUGGCAAGGAGGCGAGUAUCUGGAAGGUGCUGUCCCCCGGCUACGUCCCCACGUGGUUUUUCGUCUGUGCGUGCCUGGAGCUGGAGCUCUGA